AUGGCUUCCAUUAUGAAACUCGUGACAUCAGUUCUACUCGCCGCUUCUUUCGCCUCUGCAAGUCUCAAUACAGARUACAGCAACUCAGCAUUCCUCGAUGAAGCGAAAACUUACAAACUUUAUUGGAAAAUUGACGAUGAUGAAAAAAUAAUUUCGUUUGCUGUCGAGGUCAAGACACUCGGAUGGGUUGGCUUUGGGAUAUCGCCUGGAAAUGGAAAUAUGGUUGGAUCUGAUGUUGUGAUUGGCUGGGUUAAAGAUUACAAUCUUACAGGAGCUUACGAAGAUAAUGGCAAGACAGUACUGAAGUUUGUCCGUAAAUAUGAUACGUGUGACGAACAAGACGUAAAAAUUGAGCAAGGAACAGUACGAGUGGUCUACUCCUACCAUCCCAAUGAUCCCGAAUCCGARGACGAUAUCAAGCAACACACUGUUAAAGGCACAAGGUCUUUGCUCUUUCUUAAUAUCCUCACCAAAAAGCCAAACUUGCCCAAUGAUUUAAAAGAAUUUGACUUUCGAGUGAAUAUCAAUGUUUCCAGCAGAGAGACCUUGUAUCACUGCAAACCAUUCCAAAUGCCAGACUUCAACGAUACCAAGAAGCACGUCGUCAAGAUCUCACCUAUUAUCACCCCUGGUAACGAGGGUCUUGUCCACCAUAUCCUGGUUUAUGGAUGUAAAGAUGAUUUUCCUGUUUCUAAUCUCAGCGUUGAGGGAGCAUGUUAUGGAUCUAACAUGCCUGACCAUGUUAAAUCAUGCUCUGGGCGGUCGGUAGUUGCAGCAUGGGCAAUUGGUGGUGGUGAUUUUUACUUUCCCGAUCAUGUUGGUUAUCCUAUUGGAGACAACCUUGCAUUGAAGUUUGUUGUGAUGGAAAUUCACUACGACAAUCCUAAAAAGCUGACAGGACUCACUGAUCAGUCUGGUAUUCGUUUUCACUAUACUUCAACCCUACGCCAAUAUGAUGCCGAUAUACUUUGGGUUGGUUGGACCGUGAAUUUCUACAUGUGGAUUCCACCGAAUGAAAAGAAGUGGAAUUCGGUCGGCUACUGUCCAUCAAGCUGCACAAAACUCGGAUUAGCAAACAGUCCUUUAAAAGAGGGAGGUAUCAAAGUGUUUGCAGCUAUGCUUCAUUCUCACCUWCUUGGGACCGCACUAUGGACUAAGCACAUCCGCGAUGGAAAAGAACUGCCACAUAUAGUCAAGGACGAACACUAUGACUUUAACUUUCAGGAAACACAGGUUCUCAAAGAGGAAAGACRUAUCUUACCUGGAGACGUAUUGACGACACAUUGUCAGUUUGACUCCUCACAAAGGACAAAGCUUACAACGGGAGGACUAUCCACAAAAGAAGAGAUGUGCUUGAGUUACAUGUAUUAUUACCCUAGAGCUAAUUUGACCAAGUGCGUAUCAAGCGUCUACGGGAGUUAUGAAUUCGUAGAGGAAUAUAAAAAAAAGACGAACACAAGCGUAAAAGCCAGCGAAUUUAGGAACAUGGAAUGGAAGAAGGAGUGGACAGUGGACCUUGAGAAAGCCGAGAAAAGUGAAAAAUACACUCGAAUACAUUGCGAGGGCAUUAAGGGUGUUGAUUUGGAUCCGGUGGAUGGCCAAUUCCUUCCGAUUCCAUCUAUUAAAGUGGCCUUGAAUGAGACCAAAGACUGCAGUGUUCUUCCUACCACCCAACCGCCUCGCCCAGAAUCUGCCAGUGUCAAAGUCUCCGUUUCCGUUAUCAUGUUGGUUGCAGCAGUAUUUCUGGCUAACAUUGCUUAAUUUGGUUUCAUUUUCUUAUUGUUAUGUAAUCAAUUUUGUUAUUACUACUACAUUUUAAAGAUAUGAAACGGCGCGCGUGUCUCUGUCCUCUGAUAUAAACACAGUGGGAAUUGAAAAACACGAGAUAAGCAAACUUGGAAACACGACCGUAGCAAGUUUUCUCUUGAUUCUCGAGUGCUUUUCAACUCCCACCGUGUUUAUAUCAGAGGACAGAGACACAAGCGUCCAUUUUAUACCUUCAUUAUAAAUUUUUUCUGUGUUUUUCGAGCAAAAAGCAAAUUUUGCCGGUAAAUCGUGUAUCUGUCCUCUGAUAUAAACACGGUGGUCAGCCAAUCAGAGCGCGCGUUAUAUAUCGAAAAAAUUAUAAAUCACUAUAUAUUGUUUACUGUACACAGCACUCGGAUUAUGUAGUCUAUAGAACGAUUUGGACUUAAAUCGAUUUAAAAUGUGAUGCAGGGGUCACUCCUAUAUAUUGUUGUACGGGAAUGAUCUGGUCCUAAUCUGGUACCUAUAAAGGUAUCUGUAGAUAUGAGAAUAAAAACAAUUCCUUUCUAAACCUUUCAAGCAGAAGGUGUUUGAAGUUCAUGUCUCUAGAAGAAUAAAGAUAUUAUUAGAAAUAUA